CGGCCCCGGAUAAGAUCGUCUCUUUCCUCAACGCUUCUUCCGUCGACGAGCUCAACACCGUCGCCGCCGAGAUUAUCUCCGUCGUUCUCGCCGAUUGCAGCGCCUCCGGAGGCCCGGAGAUCUCGUUGGCGAAUGGCGUCUGGUACGAACAGUCUCUUGUGUUCGAACCUUCGUUCAAGGAGCUCUUGGAGAGUUCCUAUGGAGCUCCUCUGAAUCAGGUCGAUUUCAAGACCAAGAGGAAGAGAGAUCAAGUUCCUACAGUCGGAAACGCAGCUACUAUCCGGGUUACGAUAUUUCGAAGACGAAAUCUUCUUAAGGGGGAGGGCAUGAUGAGGACAUCGGAUCUAGCAGCUUGGAGGAGGACGGGAGCAUCUCUUGAAGACGGGAGCUUAACGGAAGGAGCUCUUGAGGACGUUGAAGGCUUGGCCUCUCAGGUGCCAAGAGACAUGCCGAGUGAUCACGACGUUACACGAUCAUUUGAAGCCGCAGGAACAGGAUGUGACGUACACAACACGAAGGCUCCCCGAGCAAGUCAUAGAGCCGAGCCUCCACUUACUCGUGCUAGAGCUCGAGCACUUCGUGUCACGCUUACCAAAGCCGUCACCAAAGUUCUCCACGGAUCCCGGGUUCACGAUAACGAUGAUACUUCGUUUUUCGGACGAAGCUCGACCCGAAACUUUCUCACACUUGAAGUUGUCGAUGUCUAAGCCUAAGAUGCAUCCCAUGGGCCUUUCUCAUCAGCCCACUCGGCCCAUUAAAGAAGUUGCAACAGCCAUAUUUUGUCAACUACUUCAUUUAAUGACAAUUAGGCUCCUAUCUUUGCAUGUUAGCUAGCAUUUAAUGUAUUGUUUUCACUUAAACUCUUUUAAAACACUUGUAAUGCAUCAUGAACGAACCUAAGUUGGAUUAUUAAAGUUUUCUUUUGAGAAAUCUCUCUCUUUGGCUGGUUCAUCCGCCCCUCUUCACGUGGUUCGC